AAAGCCCCAACUUGCCCACUUCCCCAUUCCCCCACAUCCACGUCCACGAUGGCUCCAGGCACAAUCGAGAACGACACAAACGCUGGCAACGGCACUGCUCUGAAGCCAACGGCCCGCUCCUUCCACCCCACAGGCACCCCAGAUCCCGCCAAAUACCACGCCUCGUCGUCGCAAGAAGCCAUCCAGACCGAGGCAGCCUUUGCAGCCCACAACUAUCACCCCCUUCCCAUUGUAUUUGCAAGAGCGAGUGGAUGCAGCGUGUGGGAUCCAGAGGGCAAGCACUAUCUCGACUUCCUCUCCGCCUACAGUGCCGUCAACCAGGGCCACUGCCACCCCGAGCUCGUCAAGGCCCUGACCGAGCAGGCAUCGCGGUUGACACUCAGCAGUCGCGCCUUCUACAACGAUGUCUUCCCCCGCUUCGCCGAAUAUGCCACCAAGCUCUUCGGCUUCGACAUGAUGCUCCCCAUGAACACAGGCGCUGAAGCGGUAGAGACGGCCGUUAAGAUUGCGCGCAAGUGGGGUUACAAAGUCAAGGGCAUUCCGCAGAAUGAGGCCCUCGUCUUUUCUGUGCAGGAGAAUUUCCAUGGACGCACUUUCGCCGCCAUCACCAUGUCGACAGACCCCGAGUCCCGCGAGAACUAUGGCCCAUAUCUUCCCGGCAUUGGAAGUGCCUGCCCUGCCACAGGCAAGCCAAUCCGCUACAACAACGUCGAUGAUGUACGCGAGGCCUUUGAGAUGCACGGAAAGAAGACUGCUGCCUUUCUGGUUGAGCCGAUCCAGGGCGAGGCCGGAAUCGUGGUACCGGAUGACAGCUACCUGAGGGAGGUACGGGCGCUUUGUGAUGAACACAAUGUCCUUCUCAUCUGCGACGAGAUCCAAACAGGCAUCGCGCGCACAGGCAAGAUGCUUUGCCAUGAGUGGAGUGGCAUCAAGCCUGAUUUGGUUCUAUUGGGCAAGGCCAUCUCCGGUGGCAUGUAUCCCGUCUCGUGUGUUCUCGGCUCCAAAGAGGUCAUGCUCACCAUUGAGCCUGGUACCCACGGCUCAACCUAUGGUGGUAACCCGCUCGGCUCCGCUGUCGCCAUCCGUGCUCUUGAGCUGAUCCAGGAAGAAAACAUGGUGGAGCGUGCAGAGACACUGGGCAACAAGUUCCGGGACGGUCUCAAGAGCAUGAACAGCCCCAUGAUCAAGACAAUUCGCGGCAAAGGCUUGCUGAACGCCAUCGUCAUCGACGAGAGUAAGACCAAUGGACACAGCGCGUGGGAUCUAUGUAUGCUCUGCAAAGAGAAGGGAUUAUUGGCGAAACCCACACACCAGAACAUCAUCCGCCUGGCACCGCCACUUGUCAUCACUGAACAGGAGAUUGAUUCGGCUCUGUCCAUCAUCAAGGCUGCUAUGGAAGAGCUACCCAAUCUCAAGGGCAAAAGGGAAGAAGAGGUGCUUACCUCGGCGGUCGGUCUGGAGAAGAACGUCCACAUUGGCGUGGACAACUAGAGGCAUGAAUUUACGCCCUACGAUACCCACAAGAGACUACGCAGUGGCCGUAGUUUGAGAAGAAGCACGCGUAGAAAGCAUCCGCGUUGUUUGUGCUAGAGGCCAGAACCGAACUUGAUGACAUGACACCCGUGAAAACUCGCAAAGUCCAACACCAUAUCCUAACAAUACAUGCUACUACUACUUUCACUCAUGGCAAUUGAGCCGAGCUCACUAUAAGCGUACACACGUGCUUGUCGUAAGCGUAACUAGUGCUGACCUCGGAACUGCAGCCCUGCACAUCUUGGCAAAAGACUUCGCAAAACGUGUUGAAAUGAUUGCUGCCCCUUCUUCGCACAUACAAGCACGCCGGCUGUGGUGUUGUUGCAUCGUAUACCAUAAUCGCCCAACCAUUGAUCUAACAAAGUCCUGCUCCAGCUGCUCAGCGAUCCCUGCACAACAUGGCGUUCCCCGACACUAUCAAGAUCUCACCACCAAUGGAAUUAAGUGGAAUCGGCACGUGAUCUGGUACAGCUCUCUCGGGCACGCAUUACAAACCCUCGGACUUUAUUAUCUCCCGAUUUCGCUGACGUAUCCUGCGCAGGCACGAGCAAUUCGUAAACGUCAAUGACGUGGGUCUCGUGGCCAUGUCGGGGCUCCUGACGCCGAUAUCUGUAGCGGUAUCCAAGACGAACACAGGUUGGCUGGGGCGCCGUGCGGUUGCGCGGUAGCAAAACCCUCCGACAAGCGAUCCAGGCUUCCAGCAGCUGCGGGCAUGAUUGGCCUCAUCAUUGACCUUGGACCUUGGACCUUGGACCGCGUACAGAAGAUGCAUGUAUGGAGGCGGGCCGGUGCUCAAUCUGGAGUCUACAACCGGUGCAGCUCUUGGCGGUAGGGCGGGACAAAGGAAGAGAGCAACUGCAGGAGAAAACAGACAGCAUGGUUGC